AUGUCUGCCAAGAGCCAUGCGCCAUCCCGCGCCCGAGAGAGAGCUCAGAGGUGCCCGGCGCUGCCUCUCGAUGCCGCUCCAUUGCCUCCUCCGCAUCCUGGCGAGUUCGCACGGAAUCUUCUUUGGAAACGUGGGCUCAUGGUCACGGACCGGAAGGUUGCUCUUGCACGUCUGCGCCGGCGCUGUGUGCAGAGGGAGAACUGCUUCCCGCUUGGCCGCUUCGCAGAGCAGCAGGACCUCACAUGCGAACGUGGAAGGGGGAUUUGUUCGGCGACAAAGGAGCUGCCAGCCAUACUGAAGGAGUGGAAGGUGCUGAGACGGCAGCGAGGGGCAGCAGCCUCUUAUGCACGCGAGCUCCGCAACUGCCAAGAAGGUGUUGAGGAGUUCCUGUCCGAUGCCACUGCAGCCAUGGCUCGGCUGCUGCACCGCUCGCCGGCAAAGCUCCGUCAGCGUGUGCACACUGCAGUUCAACGGGACUGGCAGGUGAUGCGGCCGCAGCACCAGCUGCUCUUCUUGGCCACCGCGGCUCAGCGUGCGCUAGACCGCACCGAGCGGGUCGGCAUGGAGCGCGCCGUUUGCGAGACGCUCCAAAGCCGGUCGAGGCAGGUCUCUGAGCCCUUGCCGGGACUCCGACAGCUCUUGCAGAGGGCACCAGCCUCCAGCGAGCUUUACGGUGAAGGACCUGAUUCCACCUUCCGCCAUCCCUUCGUUAAGGAGCUGCUUCGGCGGGCACAAGCCCAGGUCUCUUGGGAGCCCUGGGUGAUCUGCGUGCGCAGCUACGCCAGGCCAAAGAGCCUGAUGUCACAGACCAUGAAUGUCUUGCGAUGUUCCGGGCUGCUCGAAUACUGGGACCGAAUUCAUGUCUUCGUUUCACAUGAAGACCCCGACUUCCUAUCGGGGUGCUAUGAGGAAGCGUUGGGGCAGCUACAUGAGAGGAUCAUCGUGGGCGUCAAGGGCGCCGACCUGCAGGUCCGCUUCAUCGAGGAAUGCUUUCUGCCGGGCCAGCACGUGGUGGUUAUGGACGACAACUUGCUUCGCUUCGUCCGUCACGAGGCCGGCGAGGAGUUCCCUGGAGACCUCGUUGCGACGAUUGAGGCGGCCGCUGAGGCGAUGCAGCGCUUCCAAGCCCACCUCUGGGGCAUCUCUCCGACCAGCAACAAGAAGUUCCUCAAGGAGGCACCUGAGAUUAGCACUGCUCUGGGUCUGGUGUACGGGGCCUUGUUCGGCUUUCGAGUCCUGCACGAUCCGGAUCUCUACACCCGUUUCGGCCAGGUGAAGGAUGAUUUGGAGCGUUCGCUACGCUACUGGCAUCGCGAUGGUGUUGUCGUGAGAUUCCGACGCAUGUCUUGCACGAAAGCCCAAAGACCUGGUGUCUACGCGAGCAGGAAGGGCGGCAUCUCCGCCAGCAUCGGUGAGACCGGACACAAGCUGCAGGGCGACUUCGCGCUUGCACGGCUCUCCGAACGUUUCUCGCAGUACAUCCGCUUGCCCAAUCCAGAGAUCGAUCAGAAGAGGGACCCAAGUACAGGAGCCUUUCUUACCCUCUCUAGCAAGAAGCCCUGCUGGAAGGCCGGAUCUCAGGUAGCGGACUGUGGUGUGGUUUGGAUGCGGAAGAAAAGUUCAAAAAGUACCACGAUCCCCUGCGGGCCGUGGGCCUUGGCUCCCACAGGCAGCAAGCUGCUCACGGGCUUUUGCUGCAGAGCCUGUCGUGGAGAAUCCGACAGCCCGUGCCACUGCAUUGACCCUGUCGAAGAGGAAGCUCGGCAGCUCUUCUUCCUGGAGGGUUUGGAGGGAGCCCGGGCAGUUGCGAGGCUCUCGGCUCUGGGGAGCUUCCUGGAGGAGCGCGCCCUGCGAGCGCUGGAGCACGAGUGGCGCCGGCUUCCUCGCCGGCAGAGGGCCGACAUGAAGGCGCUGGCAGCACGAGACUUGGAGCAGAAGCAGUGGUGCCCCUGCCAGGCCGUGAUGGCUGCGGAAGCUGCGCGACCUUCCGAGCUAGAGCGGGAAGAGGCGCAUGGGGAAGCAAAAGAGGAAGACCCAGCAGUUCUGAAAGCUCGCGCUGCCAGCUAUGGCAGAGCUCUGCAGCUUUGUGCUUGCUGCCCGGGGAAGGAGAAAGCGGGCCUGAAGUGGCUAGACGACAUGCAAGACAACAGGAAGUUGCAGAAGGAGAUCAGCAUGGCUGACUUCUUGGCAGCCUUCCACUUAUGCGAGGCUUGUGACGAGUCAUUGCUUCGAGUGUUCACGUUGCUUGUGGAGAUGCACGACAAGAACGGUUUCGUUCUCGACACGCCGCUGGAGUCUCACGAAGGCGAAGGACAGGAGGGCGUGUCCUGGCUUCGCGACCGAUUCGGGGAGGACGUGUGGGCAGCCCUGGCGCGCCAUGCGGACUCCUGGCUCCUUCCCGCGACUCAGAGCGCGGCUACAUGCCCGGCAUUCCGAAGGUGCAGCUCCGCGGUGCUGCGUCUGGGAAGUUUGCUCCGGAGAGGGAGCCAACACAAACCAGAAGUCGAUGGCCUAGUGAAAAGCCAGUGGGUGCGGCCAAUUCUGGAGGCUUUGGACUCUCCGAGCCCGGCAGCGAUGGUGAAGCUGCGGGAGACUCCCGACCUUGGCGCCUUCACGGCUGAUGCUUUCAGGCAUCUUGGCAUUACUGUCAGCGACGCCGACGGCUGGUCUGCGGAGGCAGCGCGGCAGCUGCGCCGGCAGGCAAUGCUGGACAAAUGGUCUCAGUGGUCAGGCUCUCCACCAGGUCCAGGCAGCCUAGCCUUGUUGGCUUAUGACUUGACGGAUCAGGCGGGCAGCCUGUGCUCCGAUGGUGAAGUGCAUCGGCGCCGCCUUGAGCCCGCUGGCACCCAUGCUUUGCAACCACUGGAGGAAAAGGGCGCUGCCGUUCACGCGGAGCGGGCCGCCCUGUUGGCCUUGGCAGAGCGCUUGCUUCGACGGCAUCCAGGACAGGGAGGCUGCGAGGUGUCCGGAGUGGUGCUGCUUUACAGCCCAUCCCCUCCGAGAACUGCCAGCAUCUUCACUGCCAGGGAGUUCUUGCAGCUCUUCCCGAGAAUCGAGAUGCGGGUAGCCUUCGGAGAUGCCAUGGACCUCAGUCCGAGCCUCCCUGUCACGAAGAUUGGCACGGAAACGGAGUCGAGCAAAGUGCAUGCAGCAGAGGCUUACAAUGGCAAAGCUGCUACGAAUGGCCACGCUCCAAACGGCGUGCAGGCCGGGGCGCGAAGUGCCUGA